CCCACCGGCGCCCCGCGCCCGCCAUCUGCUCCGACACCUUCCCUGAGGCCCCCUCCCGUCGGGGCUGGCCCACGGAGGCGGUGCAGAAUGGCCGCCGGGCUUCCUUCCGGUUCGCGAGCGGAGGCCGGAAGUGGCCGUGCUGGGGCGGCUGGAUAGGUAGAGAGUCUGUGAGGGCAGCGGCAGAGCUUCUCGGAGACGCUCACUCUCGGUUCUCGCGGCUCAGCAGGGAUUUAACCGCCACCAUGUCGAGCAAAAGGGCAAAGACCAAGACCACCAAGAAGCGCCCUCAGCGCGCAACAUCCAAUGUGUUCGCCAUGUUUGACCAGUCCCAGAUCCAAGAGUUCAAAGAGGCCUUCAACAUGAUCGACCAGAACCGGGAUGGCUUCAUCGACAAGGAGGACCUGCACGACAUGCUGGCUUCAAUGGGAAAAAAUCCAACUGAUGAAUACCUGGAUGCCAUGAUGAACGAGGCCCCGGGCCCCAUCAAUUUCACCAUGUUCCUCACCAUGUUUGGAGAGAAGCUGAACGGCACCGACCCCGAGGACGUCAUCAGAAACGCCUUUGCUUGCUUCGACGAGGAAGCAAUCGGCACCAUCCAGGAGGACUACCUGAGGGAGCUGCUGACCACCAUGGGCGACCGCUUCACAGACGAGGAGGUGGAUGAGCUGUACAGGGAGGCCCCCAUUGACAAAAAGGGGAAUUUCAACUACAUUGAGUUCACACGCAUCCUUAAGCACGGAGCCAAAGACAAAGAUGACUGAAGACCUGCGGCUUCCAGCUAAUGUUCCCUGUUGCCACUGGGUAUUUCUGAGAUUUUUCUCCUGGAGCCCGUUGCAUGCCCUAGCUUUACUGCUCUCUGCCUUUCUUGUUUUGUAUUUAUUCUCAGCCACUUUGGGCCACAUGUACCUUUAUAAUCAGACUGGAAAUGGGACUUUCUGUCAUUGUACGAUGAGAAGUAAGGUAAUUUUAACUUACAGGCAGUCUCAUCCCCUGUAAUAACUGCAGCCCACAGAGUCAAUAUAUUUUUUCAGAGAAAGUUAUCCACUCAAUUUUUUCUGAAUGAUAAUUAAACUUUCUGAUAAAAUACUUAGUUGUUUAGUGUUGUUGCCACUUGACUUUUAGUUUUACUUGCGUCCUUCUAAGCACGGUAGACGAAGUGAAUGACAGCCCUGACUCCUUCCAGUGUUGCUUGUGAUUUUAAAGCAAUCCUGGUUCUCUCUGCUCCUGUUUAUUUUCCCUCCAGGGAAAUCAGAUAAAGCCCUCCCUGAGAGUUCUAGAACUUAGACUCUAGAGUUUGACAGUCCUGCAUUACCUCCUCCCUGAGUGUUCUAGAACUUAGACUCUAGAGUCUGACAGUCCUCCUUUACCUCCUCCCUGAGUGUUCUAGAACUUAGACUCUAGAGUUUGACAGUCCUCCUUUACCUCCUCCCUGAGUGUUCUAGAACUUAGACUCUAGAGUUUGACAGUCCUUUACCUCUUCCCAUUUAAAUUUCUGGGAGUUUCUUCCUGCCACUAAAAUAGGAGCAGGCCCUGAACACACUAAUUUUUAUUUGUUCUAUUUAAAAACUAUUCAUCUCUAAAGGUUCUUUGGAAUGCUUUUAACAGAAAGGACAGAUUUCUCUGUGUUUCCAGCUGUUGGAGAUACAGUAAUUUUUUUGUUGUUGUUGUAUACAGUUUUUCCUUAUUAUAACAACCCCUAUUAAAAGACCAUGUUUGUUUA